GUUGCAGCGCUACAAAGGCAUCAUCAAGCCAUUCCCACCGAUGCUGGCCAUAAAGCCGGCGAUGCCACUGAAACCACCGAGCGAACCGGAAGGCACACCGGAGUGGAUGGUGUACGAGGAUAUGGCGAUACUGAACGUAAUCCAGAAUCUUCAGGGUCUACCGUUGAAUUUAAUGCUCAUUUCACCGGGCCACACGGCGAAUUGGGAUCUGGUGGCGGAUAUCGUGAACCAAUCGUCGCGCACGUAUCGUCUGCCGAAGCAGUGUCGCUAUCGAUACGAAUCCGUCAUUCUACCCCGCGAAGAAGGCAAACUGCUCGAGAGUCCGAAAAAGCCGAAAAAGAACAAAAAUCCGCUGAAACAAUCGUCGUCGACCUGCCCGUCACCACCACCAUCGCAUCCGGCGUCGCCACCGAAGCAGAUUCGCUCGAUGCGUACCGGGCAACUCUACACGAGCGAUGCCAAUACGUCCUUCAUCAAGCUGAUGCGCCAGAAGUUCGAGCACAUCAAGACGUCAUAUGUCAAGAAAGCGACGAACCAAGCGAAGCAGCAUGUUGCCACCGGUAUGCCCGUGGCGCCGAGUGUCAAGAACUCCAAGCACGCGCACGUGUUGACGAAGCACGGUGUGCUGAACUACGACUCACCGCUGACACCGGGAGAGAUUGCGACCAAGCGAGCGGAACGAAUUUCGAAGGAAAAGCAGAAGCAAUCGGCCGCUCAAGAACAGCAGCAGGCCCAGCAGCAGGCCCAGCAGCAGGCUCAGCAACAGGCACAGCAGCAGGCCCAACAGCAGGCCCAACAGCAGGCACAGCAACAACAACAGCAGCAGCAACAGCAGGCUCAACAACAAGUAGCACAGCAAGUGGUACAAGCCGUUACUGGCAGUGGUGGUACGCAGCAACAGCAGCAGGUUCAGGUUGUAGCUACUGUACCGCAAUCCACAACCUCGGGUACGCUAGUUGCCACAAAUCUUCUAGCGCAACAACCACAACUAGCCACGGCCACCGUAGUGGGAGUGCAAUCGCUUGGUAGUGCCACGCCGCUGCAAGCAUCUGGCGUUGCACCGAUCGUUCACAUACAGCCGCAGACGGCCUCUCCCAUUGCUCAGUCAUCCGUUGCGACGGUUCAAGCCGUUACCGUGGCCCAAUCGCAGCAAUCGCCAGCACUGCAGCAGCAGCAGCAGCAGCAUCUUUUACAACAACAACUGCAAUUGCAAGCGCAUACGCUAUCCCAACAGCAGGCGCAACAGCAGCAGCAGCAGCAAGCUACGAUUGUCGUGUGUGGUGUGCCAACGAAUGCUACCUCGACGGUCGCAACGAUCGUACAGGCUUCAUCGCUGCAGGCAGCUCGUGCUGUUGUUAGCGGCGCCGCCACUCAAUCGCAGCAGGUUGUGAAUAUUUGCUCCACUCCCGGUCAGCAACAGAUCGUGAAGACAAUCGUUGCCAGUUCGGCCACCCAAAACCUGCUGUCUCAACAGUUGGCCCAGCAGCAGGCAGGCAGCGGAACCGGUGUCGUCUCACAACAGCAGCAGCAGCAGCAGCAGCAGCAACAGGCAACGCAACCACAGCAAGUAUCCGUCGUCCUGACGACACCCGUUUCGACCAUCUCUUCGGUGAACUCGAUUCAACUGGCAGCGCAGCCACAAAUCGUUUCCCUGCACCAACCAGCGACCGUCUCCCAGCAACAGUUGCUACAGAGCAGCUCAGCCGCUGUUGCACAAACUUCGGCAACCUCGUUGGUGCAAACGCUGGCAGGUCAGUCGAUCCCGCAAGUUGUGUCCGUUGCUCAGCUGACCUCCGUUGGUACGGUGAUGACCACUGGAAGCCCCGCUACCGGUGCCACGAUUCAACAGUCUCCCGUUACCACCCUAACGACUUCGGCACUGCGUGCACAGCGUAUCGUAGCACCACCUGGCACGAUGCAGGAAGUCGUGUUGCACCAGCGUACCGGCUCCCAGAGCCCCACUGUCGUGAGUGUGAGCAGCUUGGGCGGUGGUAUCAGUCCGGCGCAGCUGCAAACCACUCAGCUACGGCUCUCGAUGGCUGGCGCCCAGCAGAUGUCCGGUGUCGUUGGUAAAUCGAUCGUCGGAACAGUGACAAGUGCCGGCAAACCGGUGAACACCUCGCAGUUCCAGUUCUACCGUCAGCCACCGAUCCGCCAGCAGCUAAAGGUGCUACACGCGGGCACGGCAACUCAGGUGGUAGGGGCGGCGGGCUCUGGCACGACAACGACCGUACUACAAUCGGCCACCCAACCGACGCUCGUCAGUCCGGCUAUCAUUCAGGGGAACAUCAUCCAAACCGGUACGGCGGUGGUCGGUGGUCAAACGGUGCAAGUACAACAGGCCGCGGGUGCUAGUACUCCGGGACAGAAGGUCGCCGUAACGGGUGGUACCGCUGUGACGCAGGUUGUGUCGGCGGCAUCAGGUGUAACGCAGACGGCCUCAGUAGCCGCUCCAGGUAGUGCUAUCGCGACGGUGCAGGUGCAAGGCCAGACGCGCAUGCAGUACAUCAAGCAGAUGGCCACCAAGCAUAUGAUUACGCGCCCGGUAACGGAGAACGAGAUGCAGCUGAUGGUGAAGCGCCAGUUGAUCAGUCAGCAGCAGCAACAACAACAGCAGCAACAGCAACAGCAACACAAGCAACAAAUCCUACCGCAAACGCAAACCAUCUUCGCUCCGGCUAACCUUCAGAUGCAGCAAGCCGCUGGAACCUCUGGUCAGCAGAUAACGACGCUGGUGAAAACCUCCAGCGGAACCGUGGCCACCGCUACCGGCAUGACACUGUCGCAGGUGAAAGCCGGUCAGUUGAAGACGAUCAGCAAUCAGAAUCAGAUGCGCCACCUGCAUCUACAGCAGCAAAUACUGGCUCAGCAGCGCAAGGCCGGUGGGAAGCUAGCGCAGAUCACGCAGGUAACAGGCAAAACCGGCCAACCAACCCAGCUGUUCGUACCGAAGAACCUGCCGGUGACCGUGCAGCAGAUACAGCAGGUCAUCCGGCACGCUCCACCCGGCUCACUGGCUAGUGGCCAGAUCGUGCUCGGCAAGGCCGGUGUCAGUCGGAUGAUUCCAGUUUCCGUAUCCCAGCAACCGAAUCAACGUCAAACGAUUCAGGUUGUUACGGCAACAUCAACUGCUCAGGCCCUAGCGGCUGGCAACCUGCGAACCCACGUUCAAGGACAAAACAUCGGCACCUUAAAGGUAGCGGCCAGUGGUGCCACGACCGCCCAGCAGCAACAUGUCAUUCUGAAUGCGCUGCACAGCCAGCAAUCGCAGCGUUCGAAUGCGAGUCCAGUUCGACUGCAGACGACGGCCAGUGGUUCGCUGGUAGCUGUAGCGGUUCAGCAGCAACCAGCUCAACAGCAACAGCAGCUGAUCAGUGGCGGUACUCCAGCGAAUGCAUCUGCUGUCGGUGCUGGCGGUACUAGCAGCGGCAGCAGCACCGUCGAGGUAGCUGCAUCUCAAGGCAGUUCCGGUGUUGUCACCGUCGUCAGCCAGUCACAACCCAUCACUGUCGUUACCGGGCAGCAGGUCGUCAAUAGCGCGCAGCAACAACAGGUGCUAGCUAUACAACAACAACAACAACAACAACAACAACAACAACAACAACAACAACAGCAAGCCGCGCAGAUCAUUACCACCACGUCUGCCAUGGUACAGGCUGGAGGUAGCGUAGGUAACGCCGGAACGACCUCGGAUACCGUCGGCAGUUCAUCCGCUGGUAGUGGUGGCAUCACAGUCGUCAGUGCCGGACAAUCGCUGGUUACCGGAGCAUCUUCUGGUACGGUGUCCGGUGUCACCACGGUGAAUACGGUGACGUCCUCGUCCCUGGUGCAGCAACCACAACAGGCAGCACAGCAACAACAGCCACAACAGCAGCAGCAGCAGCAGCAGCAACAGCAACAGCAACAACAACAAGUUAGUAUGAUUAAGAAAAAACAAUCACCCAACGUUGCAAAGUAAGAUAAUUGAUAAGUUUUAAGUCCCACGGGAGGAGCAGCAGAAGCUUGACAUUUUCAGGCAAAUCAGGUAGUAAACGCGGGUGUUAGGGAACGACUAGCAACGAAUCGCUCGUAGGGUAAUUGAACUUCGCUCGUUUGUGUGUGUGUGUGUGUGCAUAUGUGUGUAUGUGUUGUACGUGUGCGUGUGGCAGAGAAAAAAUAUAGGAAAAUUCAAAGAAACAUUGUGUGCGAAAGGUGGUGCAAUCGAUGCAACAGAAAGAAACCAGUCCUCUAGGUCGGGAUCAGGUCGAAAUCAUUAACUCUUAUGACUUGCCCUUUAUUCUCUCUUUCACUCACUCUCUCUCUCUCUCUUUCUCUCCCUAUCUCUUUCAACAUGAAGGAGGAAGUAAGUGAAUACGGUGGUAGGUAGUAGUAGCGAUCUUAAUGCGAUUGUGUAGUGCAUUUCCCAUGUUAAUCGUUAGCCAUUCCCAUCGCUAAUAGUCUUUUAGAUAUAAAAAAACAAGCACAAGAGAGAAAUACAGGGGAUGCUGACUUCCUUGCGCGAUCGUUUAGAACAGGACAAUCUUAACGUGUUAAUUUUUUAUUUCAAGAGGCGCUGUUCAUUUUUUACUUUUUAAAGAACCACACCCUGACUGAAAGCCAUUCAUUCUCUCCCUCAUUUGUUGUUAUUCGAUUCUGUCCACAAAUGAUGCUUACUCUGAAUUUAUGUCCGAUGUUAAUGCCGAUAUUCAACCCAAUAGUGAACUCUUCCCAAGAUAGCGUUUACUGUUGUGUUUGGCGCGUUGCUAGGAGAUAAUGCAAGUUGCAAUGUUUCGAAACUUUUUGGUUUUGCAAUUUUAAUACCUCUCCGUUUCGCAUAACCGCUUCUGCGCAGGCAGAACAACGAUCCUUUGCUCAUCGUGAAGAUGAUAAGUGCAGUGUGCUCAGUGCACAUACGCCAGUGGACUUUGCAGAGACGUGUGGAACCUUCGUAGUAUUACUAGAAUAUAAGAGAACAGGCUAAGGGAAUACGCGAUAAAACGUGGAAUCUGCAGUGGCCCGCUAGUCGUUGCGCUAACUGUUCACUUAAUGGUGUCUCGUGUCCUUAGUGUGGACAAUAGGUGAAGCUACGAAUGAAGAAAAAUAAAGGAAAUAAUACGAAAAUCCCGCUCGCGCGCGAGUAGUCUUUCCCUGUUGGC